CUCUGGAAAUGAGCGGAAACCCAUUUCUCUUCUUGUGAAAUUUUCAAAUCUGGCAACUCAGGGGCUCGGAUACCCCUUUACUUAACUGGCUCGCCCACCUGGUGUGUCUGUCUGACUUGCGUUUUCAGCCCUCACACACACACACAUCUUGUAGAGCGGAGGUUGACCCUACGCACCUUCUCAGGAGCUGCUACAGUUUCCAGACUCUUUGCAGUUUGGUGAUGAAAGACACUUGUGGCUCCUACCAGCAGAUGGCAGAAGUGACCAGGUUUCUCUCUGCUGUGACCUUGCCCUGCAGCUAGAGGGUCAAACAACCUCCCACUGUUACGUCCCUCAGAGCAAAAAACACACAGACACAUGCACACUUUCUGUGUCACUCACUAGCACAGAGAGGACAACACACAGGCUUAAUAAGACAGCAGCCGCACAAGUGCAAGUGAAGGAAAUCAGCAGUUUAUUCCAGUAAAAGAGUGUAUCCAAUGGGUGGAGGGGCCACCAGGCUGUACAGCGCCCUGACCCAGACCCCCAGCAGCAGCAGCAGCCAUCCUCUCCCUCUCCCUCCGUCAGACAAAAACCUGGAUCCAGAUUUCUGCCAGGAGCAGAAGGGGUCCUCUGUGUGUCCCCCUGAUCCAGACGAACUGCUUCGCCAAUGCGAGGAGGCCCUCAGGGACCGACCACCCCGCUUCCAUAGGAAGUUCAUUCACCCCUCUGAUGGAGACGGCACCUCCGGCAGCCCCAUCAGGGUGAUGCAGUGGAACAUACUGGCUCAAGCUCUAGGAGAGGGACUCGACAGUUUUGUCCAGUGUCCCCUGGAGGCCCUCAGCUGGUCCCGAAGGAAGUACCUCAUCUUAGAGGAGAUCCUCACGUACCGACCUCAUAUCCUGUGUCUGCAGGAAGUCGACCACUACUACGACACCUUCCAGCCAGUUCUGGCAGGCCUGGGUUACAGCAGCAACUUCUGCCCUAAGCCCUGGUCACCGUGCCUUGAUGUGGAGGGCAACAACGGCCCCGACGGCUGUGCGCUGUUCUUUGAUCAAUCGCGCUUCGAGUUCCUGGACAGUGUCAAUAUACGGCUCUCUGCCAUGAGGAUUCCAACCAAUCAGGUUGCCGUGGUGACGAUGCUACGAUGUCGAAGCACAGGGAGAUGUGUGUGCGUGGCUGUGACCCACCUAAAGGCUCGUUCCGGCUGGGAGUGGCUCCGCAGCACCCAGGGCUCUGACCUCCUGCGUCAUCUCCAGAACCUGGUCCAGAAACACACCGGCGGGCCCGCGGGUGCCCCCAGCUCUGACAUUCCUCUGCUGAUAUGUGGCGAUUUCAAUGCAGUCCCAACUGAGGAGGUGUACCGGUGUUUCAUCACGUCACCUCUGAGUUUGGACUCAGCUUAUAAGAAACUCAGCCAAGACGGUUUGACGGAGCCGGAGUACACGACAUGGAAGAUUCGCCCUACAGGGGAAUGCUGUACCACUCUGGACUACAUCUGGUACAGUCAGGACAUGCUGAGAGUGGACGCAGUUUUGGACAUGCCCACUGAGGAGCAGAUCGGGCCGAACAGGCUCCCGUCCUUUAGCUAUCCGUCUGACCAUCUCUCACUGGUUUGUGACUUCAGCUUCAAGGUAAAGGAAUGAAAAGGAAGUGAUGAACGAGCACACAGGAAGGGACGACGCUGUGAAGAGUCAUGGCUGGCUUCACUUCACAAUUAUACGUGUGGUGAGACCCCACGUGUGAGUGAAACGAUGAAGAAGAUGAGGACAGGAGGCCGAGAAAACCAAUGUGGGAAGUUAGCUAUUGUGACUUAUGAUGCUAAAGUUGCAUUAUAACACUGCAACAAUGUUGUCUACCUCCCCGAACUUUAACACUGUGCUAAUGUGUUUCCUGCACCAGGUUACUGUCUUGUACCUUCAUCUGUACUCUGAUGGGACACCUGCACAUUGAAUCUGAUGAAUUAGAUUGAAACUUGUUUAUCAGUAAAAAAUAAUCCUAACCUCAAACUGUCAUUGAUUGAAACUGUAGUAAAUGUUGUGUUUCAUACUGCCAAUAUACUACAGACUGACUGGGAAUAAACUGUUUUUGUGGGUAUAGUAUCCUGUAAAUUUA